CCUCGAGAUGCAGGUCAGUCGACAUGUUCGGUAAGAAGGCGCUUGUUGCGCUUGGAAAGCAAGAGGCUGAUAUUUUCCUUCAUCGUGGACAGUCUCUGCUUAUGUAGUCUUACAACUGGUCGUUGUUGAGGUAUACUGCAAUAUCAUGCGCCGCAUUCGCGAGUCAGAGCAGUCGGAGUACAGUGGUCCGGUUCAAUCAGAGAACAAAGUUUCUGUCGUGUGCUUGGUAUUCAACUUACCUUGUCUUCCCCCGCGAGGAAGGUUACUCGUGCCCCAUUGUCGCGUUAGUGCAUGGAGAAAGAUGGGGCGUUGACGAAAUGCAAGGUCGGACUUCUGUCGUCCGAACCCCACGAGUCGGCACUAUGCUGAUCGGACUGAGUUUUGUGUUCAUGCUGCAUUCACCCUCGAAAGACAUAUUGGAUCUCGUUUCCCGUAAUUGAGUCGCUCGUCAGCUCACUCUUAUUCAUAGCUCCAAAUAUGGCGAACGACUUGGAGACGGGUAGUCCUGCCGUGCCUAUUCCUAACCUAGUUAGUCGUGUCGAAAAGCUUCUACAUUGCCAAGCUUCCAACCCCCGUCAGCGUGUACUUGUUGCUCUCGCAGGUGUUCCUGGAUCUGGGAAAUCAACUGUAUCGCACGCAUUGCUGCACGAACUCGCUGGAUGCGGCAUCGAAAAUGUUGCAGUUGUGCCGAUGGAUGGCUUCCACUACACUAAAAAGGUCCUCUCGACGUUCGACAAUCCUGCGACUGCAUUCCAAAGGCGCGGUGCUCCAUUCACAUUCGAUGCGGAUGCUUUUCUGAGUCUUGUCACGACGCUGAAAUCAACGCCUGUCACAGCAGAUAACGAACCUGAGCAGCCUAUGUAUGCACCCAGCUUUGACCAUGCCGUCCAGGAUCCCGUCGAAAACGACAUUCUCAUCUCUUCGCGAAACCGCAUCGUAAUUGUUGAAGGCAACUACACACUUCUCAACCAAAAACCGUGGAAUGAAAUCCCAAGUCUUUGCGAUGAAAGGUUGGUACUUGACUGCCUGAGGAAUACCGCCCGACUAAAUACCUUCAGAUGGUUUGUCGAUGUUUCCCCUGAAGUUGUGAGAGAUCGAAUUGCGGCACGUCAUGUCGCUGCAGGUAUCGAAUCCACAUACGAAGCAGCCGUCCAGCGAGCAGAGACGAACGACAUACCGAACGGCGAGAUGAUACGGUCGCUUCUGAUCAAACCUGAUGUCACCAUCCAGAAUUGAAGUCCCCAGCUUUUUCAAGGCCAGCCCCUGACAGCGGUUGCGUCAGGUUAAGAAACCGUUGUUGGUCAGGUCCCAGUCAAAAGAGUUGAAUAACUCGUUCGACUCGACAGACCAGGGGAAACUGCUCAAAGCGUCGCGGUCCAAUUGUGGUACGUCUUGGAAGACGCCAGCAUCGAUGUCAUCAAUAGUGAUGACCUGGUCGAGGAUGGCGACGCAACGGGCCGAAAGAGAGUCUUCAACGAGGUGGUCUCGAAAUGUACUUCUCGCGAGGCGGACCGCUUGGUGCCAAAUUGACAUUUCGGGCGACUGCGGAAAGCUGAUGAUACAUAAGCUCAUCACCAAUGCUGCAUGGAA